GUUUGCUUUCUCGAAAGUUUGAUUCAGGAAGCUCGCCGUUAUCCUAAUUUGUGAGAGCACUUCCUGCUGAGGCUACAGUGCUAAGCUCAUGCUUCAGCGCCGCCUUAUGUGCACAAUUCGCACACCCUUCAGCCGACUUCCUGUACAGAAGAGAAAUGCUGAGCUGCUUAGCGCGCUUGGAGGUGCAGAAGACUUAUGGUACAAUGACCACCCCUAUUCCAAAAUGGUCACCCACUUUCGUCCCAAUUCAAUCUCCAGAGCAUACUGAAGUGUCAUCUUCCGCUCCAUUAGUUCGCAUAGUUUCCUACAACAUACUUGCGCAGUCAUACGUCAAGGGCAUUUCUUUUCCACAUUCUCCAUCCCCAUGCUUAAGAUGGAAAAACCGGUCCAAGGCUGUUUUGGAACGGCUUUUAUCAUUUGAUGCGGACGUGCUGUGUUUGCAGGAAUUGGACGAAUAUGAAAGCUAUUACAAAAGCCGAUUGACUAGGGAAGGCUACAGCAGUGUUUACAUUCAGCGCAGUGGUAGGAAACGUGAUGGUUGUGGAAUAUUCUUUAAACGCAGCAGAAUGGAACUUGUGGAGGAGCAAGUAGUUGAUUUUAAUGAUCUUGUUCCUCCUCCCACGGAGGAUACACCCGAGGUACCCUCAGAAGACGAUUCCCAAACUGGAAGUGAUUCUGUUCCUGUUAAUAAUUUUAAACCAGAGCAGUCAAAGAGUCGAUCUCGAUCAUCCUCACCUGUCAAAGCUGGUCCAGAGGUUCGAGGAGAUCCUAACGACCCACGUGUUCGCCUCAAGCGAGAUUGUGUGGCUAUAUUGGCUGCCUUUCGCAUGCUGGGGGCACCAAAUAAAUUUAUGAUUCUUGGAAAUACUCAUCUUUACUGGGAUCCAGAAUGGGCCGAUGUGAAAUUGGCUCAAGCAAGGUACCUACUUUUGCAAAUCGUGAAAUUCCAACAGGGCCUAUGUUCUAAGCUAGAUAGCAACCCUCUGCUGCUUGUAUGCGGGGACUACAAUUCAACACCAGGCGACCAGGUGUAUCGAUAUAUCACCUCAGGUUCAAAACAAAGCUCUACAUUAGAAGGGAAGACUGACAGCAUUUUGGAAGAAAAACUCACUAAUCUCAGUUUGGGUAGCAGUGAAAGUAACCGCGGGGAGGAACAGUUGCCAGAAAGGGCCCCGCUCCCUUUAUUGAGUCUCUACGAAGAAGCUCUCGGUGCGCAUCCCAACACAAAUGUGACUCCUGGAUUCACUGGCACCCUGGAUUACAUAUUCUUUCGACCUACUGAUUCUUUGCGGUUUAUCAAUUUACUGGCUCUUCCAACCCGGGACUCUCCUGACCUUGAAGGCGGUCUUCCUAAUUACAGUCAUCCAAGUGACCAUUUGCCCAUUGGCGCAGACUUCGCAGUGCAGUAACACCUCGUCAGCUUAGUGCUGGAUGUGGUGAAGGAAGAAAUACAUGCUGCAGCUUGGGUUGAAAGGUUAGAGAACCGCAACUGAAGUCCUAUGAACCGUUAAUCAAUGGCAACUUUGGUACCCUCAUGAUGCCAUCCUAGUGCAAGAUUUAGGUGGCAGAGCUUGGUCUCUAUUUUUUCAAUUCAGUUUGUUUCAGAUUUGUUGCUGAUGAACGGUUGGUGUGCAGUUCUCAAGUUAAUUUAUUGCAUUGGAAUAAAAAAUUACAGCGUAGAGUUUACAUCAAUUUUGCUGACGGGAGUAAGUGAAGAGCGCUGCAUUAUGCAUUUGAUGUGCUGCUUGAUCACAGAAGUGCAUAGAAAACUUUGAUCUGCUCU